GGUUGUCAUUGCCUUUUGCAUAUGACAGAUCGUAAGACUUUGUAGAAGUGAAUACAGAUAUGUAGGUAUCUUUAUUAAAUGUAAUAACACGACAUAUUUGUACGAUGUAGAAUGUUUAUUUCGUAUUUCUUUAGCCUUUUUUUCGAAUAAAGUAGUGCGAUAGUCAAAUACAGAAAAUAAAACAAUAGUUUUCAUUAGUUGCAUUUUUCACCUUUGACCUAGAGGAGUUUUGAUUGACCAAUCAAAUUGCAUCUGAGAAAAGCGCAUGAAUAUUGUUGACGUUGCACCCUGCGUAGACAGUUCCUCUUGUGGUGCUUAAACAGAAGCCACAUUGGAGCAUAAAAAGUCAUUUAGUUUUCCAUAGGACGGAUUUUUGCGGACGCAGUACGAUCGUACUGUUCGACUUGGAAUCGCCCAAUUGACAAACGAAUUUGGACAUGGCUUCAACCUCAGAGAAGGUCCGCCCUGUCGAAGAAGAGGCGUAUGCGCCACAGAACUACGCUGAUGUAUUCCCGUCACUGCCCCAGGCCAGUCCUCUGGAGGGAACCCAAUGGCCAGCCAAGACCCCAGCAGCAUGGAAAACCAAUGUCCGACCAUCUAAGUGCACUCAGGUGUUCACUGUCCCACUGGAAGAACGGAGAUUCAAGGAAAUGAAUGAACAUAGCUUUGGUGAUGAAGGACAAACGGAACAGGCAAAAAUCUGCACAGAUAUCAUGGCUAAGAACGAUGUCUCCAUUGAGAUCAGUUUAUCCAAGGACCAGAGUUUAACCGUGGUUAUUAAUGGGAGAGAACAAGCUGUGAUGAGAGCUAGGAGAGAGGUUCUAGGCAAACUGCAAACCCAGGCCAGCGACACUGUGAAAAUCCCCAGAGAAUACCAUCGUUUCAUCCUCGGAAAAAACGGCAAGAAACUGCAACAACUGGAAAACGAGACGGCAACCAAAAUUACUAUUCCAAGGGCUGAAGAAAAACUGGACGGAAUCAAGAUCAUUGGACCCAAGGAAGGAAUUGAACGAGCUAGACACGAAAUUCAGAUUAUUGCAGAUGAACAGGCCAAACUAGCAUUUGAACGACUACAGAUUCCCCACAUCUAUCACCCCUUUAUCUGUGGACCAAGCAACACUUUAGUGGACAAGCUGAAGGAAGAGACAGGGGCUAAAAUUCACAUUCCUCCCUCAGUUCUGAACAAAGAUGAGAUUGUUGUCUCUGGAGAUAAGGAUGGAGUUAUGCGUGCAAAGGAAACGAUCAUGAAAAUCUACCAAGAAAAGAAAAGGAAAUGUCAGACAGUGUCUGUAGAAGUAAGGAAGUCCCAGCACAAGUACAUUAUCGGCCCCAAGGGAAGUGGAAUUCAGGAGAUCUUACUGGCUACCGGGGUCUCCGUGGAAGUGCCCACCCAGGACAGCGUAGAAACCAUCACCCUCAGAGGCGAACAGGACAAACUCGGACCCGCUCUAACCAUGGUUUAUUCUAAAGCAAACAGUGUAGUUUUUGCUGAAGUGGAUGCACCUGCAUGGCUUCACCGCUAUGUGAUCGGAAAACAAGGUGCUAACGUCAGGAAGAUUACCCAGGAUUUCCCCAAGGUCCACAUUGAAUUUACGGAGGGUCAGAAUAAGAUUAAAAUCGAGGGUCCUCCGGAAGAAGUGGAUGAUGCCGUGAAAGCACUGGAAACCACCGUCAGGGACCUGAAAAAGAGAAUGGACUUUGCAGAGGUGAACAUCGAUAAUAAAUACCACAAGCACAUCAUCGGCAAAAGUGGACAGAACAUAACCAGAAUAAAGAAUGACACUGGAUGUGCUAUUAAGAUCCCAUCAGAUGCAGAAAACAGCAACAUCAUCAGAAUAGAGGGGGAUCCUAAAGGAGUGGCCCAAGCUAAGCAGGAACUCAUGGAGAUGGCCAAGAGAAUGGAAAAUGAGAAAACCAGGGAUAUCAUUAUUGAACAACGAUUUCACAGGACCAUUAUUGGAGCUAAAGGAGAGAAGAUCCGAGAGAUCAAGGACAAAUUUAACCAGGUGCAAGUCACCUUCCCUGAUCAAGGAAAGAAGAGCGAUAUUGUUACCCUGAGAGGUCCCAAAAAUGAUGUAGACAAAUGCUAUAAAUAUCUACAGACCAUGCAACAGGAAAUGGUUCAAAGCAGCUUCCAGGCCCAGGUUCACAUCUUUAAAGACUUCCACAAAAACAUCAUAGGAAAAGGAGGAGCGAACAUCAGAAAGAUAAGAGAGGAGACAGACACAAGAAUUGACCUACCAAGUGAAAACAGUGAUUCUGAUGUUAUUGUCAUCACGGGAAAGAAACCUAAUGUUGAACAAGCUAAAUCCAAGAUAGAGGCUAUCCAGAAAGAGCUUGCCAACAUCAAAGAAAUUACGGUGGACAUCCCUCACAGAUUUCAUAAUGCCAUCAUUGGAUCCAAGGGAAAGCUGAUUCGCUCCAUCAUGGAAGAGAAUGGGGGCGUUAUCAUUCGCUUUCCCCAGGAAGGCUCCACUCAGGACAAGGUGACAAUCCGUGGACCAAAGAGCGAUGUGGAGAAUGCUAAGGCUCAACUCCUGGAAAUAGCCAAUGAAAAGCAAACAUCAGGAUUCACUGCAGAAGUGAAAGCUAAAGCCGAGUACCACAGAUUCUUGAUUGGAAAGAAUGGCAGCAGUAUUAGAAAGGUACGUGAGAAGACUGGUGCUAGAGUGAUAUUCCCAUCAGCUGACGAUACGGACCAGGAAACUAUCACCAUCAUCGGUAAAAAGGAAUCCGUGGAGGAGGCCAAGAAAGAACUGGAGAACCUCGUUAAAAAUCUGGACAAUGUCGUGGAGGGAGAAAUGCAGGUGGACGGUAAACACCACAGGUAUUUCGUCGCUCGUCGUGGAGAGGUUCUAAAACACAUCGCUGACGAGUUUGGUGGAGUGACAGUCAGCUUUCCUCGUAGUGGGGUCAAGAGUGACAAGGUCAUUAUCAAAGGUUCCAAGGACUGUGUGGAAGGAGCCAAGAAGAGAAUUCAGGAGAUUGUGGAGGAUUUGGAGUCCCAGGUGACGGUGGAAUGUGUGAUUCCGCAGAUGUACCAUAGAACUGUCAUGGGAACCAGAGGGGCUAAUGUCCAGGACAUCUGCAAGACUAGCGACGUCGGCAUCAAGUUCCCGGACAGACCUAUGCCUAAUGGAGAUAACCACGGUAACGGAAUGGCCAAUGGUGAUGUAGAUGACGGACCUGCACAGGGUCCAAAGAAAUGCGAUAUCAUCAUCCUGACCGGCAAGCAAGAGAACUGCGAUAAAGCGAAGGAAGCCCUGCUGGCAUUAGUUCCUAUCACUGAAGAGACGACUGUUCCGUACGAUUUCCACUGCCGUAUCAUUGGACAACAAGGAAAGGACGUGCGAGCGAUGAUGAAGCAGUUUGAUGUGAACAUCUCCAUUCCUCCUCUUGACGAACACAGCAACCAUGUCAAGGUCACUGGUCCCCCAAACAAUGUCAAAAAUGCCAUCGAAGCUCUGAAGAAGAAGUGUGAACAACUGGAACUGGAGAAGGAGGAAAAGAUUCUGAAGAGUUUCAGUCUGACCGUCUCUGUGGACAGCCAGUACCACUCCAAGAUAAUCGGACGUAAGGGAGAGAGGGUGAAGAAGAUCAGGGAGGAUCACGAUGUCAUCAUCAUGUUCCCGCGCGAAAACGAACCAGAGCAGAACAUCAUCACCAUCACUGGAUAUGAAAAGAAUGCCGAGGCAGCAAAGGAAACCAUUCUUAAUAUCGUCAGAGAAUACGAGGAAAUGGUGACCGUGGAAUGCAAUGUGGACCACCGUGUUCAUCCUAGAAUUAUCGGACUCCGUGGACGGAACGUGAAGAAAAUAAUGGACAGUUAUAAAGUGGACAUUCGCUUCCCGCGACAGUCGGACGACAACCCCGACCUGAUCCUUAUUUCUGGAGAUGAAGAAAACUGUCACGAGUGUCGUGAUGAACUACUUAAUCUGGAGGAAGAAUAUUUACAAGAUGUAAUUGACCGACAGAUGUUAGAAGAAAUGACAAGACCACCUAAACACCGUGCAGAGGAAAAACGGGCCUCUGUCAACUCGGCUGGAUUCGUAGUAGCAGGUGCCCCCUGGGACAAACCCCCGGACACAUCCAGCACUGAGGACUUUCCCUCCAUGGGGGCCAGCACCGUGGCUCCCAAGGUCAACACGGCUUGGGGCUCCAACCGCUUCGGCAAACGCUGAGGAUCAAGAACUGCACAGUUUGCUUUGUAAUGUUUCAGUAACUAAACAUAUCCUCUGUUAAGAAUGCAAAUAAGUUCCGUGAUAACUGUGUGUUAAGUGAGUGUCUCUGUGGUAGUAUUGAAUACCUUCUGUGUUAUGGAUGCAAAUUAAUUUAAUGUAAGUUUUGUUUUUUCUCGUUUUACACAAACUGCCGCAAGGUUAUUUUUACCUCAUUUUUAAACACUUAAGUUCUGUUAUAACUGAACUUUAUGCUAAUAUAUGUACUGUGUGUGGAACAAGUGAUCACUCCAUAUUGAAGUUAUGGUGGUGCGCUGUCUUGAAAAGAGGCAUUAUAUUGAUUUGUUAUUGCAUGAAAUUAACCAGCCUUUCCCUCCAGAAAAAAGAGGGGAGGGAAUUGAAAAUUAAUUUUCUGCAUAGAUUUUUAAUGGCAUUGAUAAAGAACAUUAGGAUGGACAUCAGACUGUUGUGAAACUAGGUUGUUGGGAAGGGUAUAAUGUAUUUUAAGUCAGUUCAAUUGUAAUUCUUAUGUCUCUAUGUAAAUAGUGUCAUUAUUGAUGAAUAUUUAUAUAUACUUAUGCAUAUUGAUAUACAGGUCAAAUUAUUCAUAUGAUACGGAUGACUGGGUGAGAGAGAUCCUUCAUGUAUGUCAUUUUAUCCAUUAUUAUCAAGUUUAAGACACAGAUAUGCUUGGUUUAGGGCUUGCUCAACUCACCUUUUCUUGUUUCCAUGGAGAUCUUUUCUCAUUUAUUUUGUCAUGCUUGGCCAAAGAAUGGUCAAUAAACCAAGUCCGCUAGUCAAAAACACAAUGCACUAGCAAAUUUAUCCGAGCUUUGCAGAGGAAAAGCCCCGUUACAGGUUAAUUUCCCUUUGUAGAGCUUGUGGCUGUGCUGGUGCAAGGUGUUGUAAGAUAUCAAACACAUUUCCACCUCACUGUUGCUUUGAUGCUACUUGAAUAUUAGGUUUAAAGGAAAUUAUGUAUGUAUAUAUAUAACCUGUAUAUAAAGAUUAUUUUUAUUAAAAAUUUUGAACUGGUUAUUGUGAAAGUGAUUGCAUUCAUAAGCAGAUGUAAAUACCAUUGAUUUGUCAUUAUUACUCUUCACGAUGUGUUUACUUUGUUGAUGCAUGGGGAGAUAACCGUAUUAUUUGAAAUGCAGUAAAUAAUAAAUAUUUUUGGAUCCCUUUGUGUACUGGAGGUAUACAGUGAUUUAUAUGUAGGGAGGUGCUAUGUAAUGGCAUCUCUUGUUUCUUUGAUACAGGGACUUACUGUACUGUGUAUGUUGACCAAACAUUACAUUGAAUCAUUUGAAAUAAACGAUCAAGUGAUC